AUGUCUGGAAUCGGAAACAUGGGAAAACAUGCACUCAGGGUUGCAAAGAAUUACACCAAAGGUUAUUCAGACACUCAAACAAAAGUUCGAACUGCUACUUCUAACGAUCCAUGGGGACCAUCUGGUACACAGAUGAACGAAGUGGCCACAUUAACAUUUAAUCAACAAGAUUUCAUUGAAAUUAUGGAAAUGAUGGAUAAACGUUUAAAUGAUAAAGGAAAGAAUUGGAGACAUGUUUUUAAAGCACUCACUUUAUUAGAUUAUUUACUUCAUGCAGGUAGUGAAAAUGUAGUACUCUAUUUCCGUGAAAACGUAUAUAUUAUCAAGACUUUGAAGGAGUUUCAAUAUAUAGAUGAAUAUGGUAAAGAUCAAGGGGCGAAUGGCGAACUGCGACAAAAAGCCAAAGACAUUUCCAAUCUAUUGAUGGACGAAGCCCGCUUACAGGAUGAGCGUCGAUCUCGUGCUCAUAUGCGUGAUCGAAUGACUGGUCGUCGUCCUAAUAGCUCAGGAGAAGAUGAUGCACCAAGGCGGGCUAAAAGUGUUCCUCCCGCUAGGCAAAACAACGAGGAUUCUGAGCUUAACAGAGCUCUAGAGCUUUCGCGUCUCACUGCUGCUGAAGAAGCUGAACGUCUCAAAAAGAAACCACCAAUUGAUCCUGAGCUGGAAGAAGCAAUGCGUUUGAGUCGUGAGGAGGAGGCCAACCGCCGAAAGUUGGACCCCAACGCAUCAGCUCUGUUUGAUGACGGUUACGAUAUGCAUAAUAACAACCAAAACCAACAACCUGACUUGAUCGACAUGUCUAUGCCCGUGCAGCCAACGGGGCUUUCAACCUCAAAGAAUUCAUGCGUGCACAGCAAAUGGAACAACAACGACAGCAGGUACAUGGAGGAACAAGCUCAAUACGAAGCCAUGAUGCAGCAACAAAUGUAUCUCCAACAACAACAACAACAGCAACAACAAUUCAUAAUGGCGCAACACACUGCUGCACCUAUCCAACCACAAAUGACGUCAUACGGUUCUAACAACCCAUUUGCUCAAUUCUCCCAACCACCAAGCUUUAGUCAACCGAGUGUGGCUACUCCUCCACCUCGUGCACCAUCUGCACCGCCUUCAUCUUCUUUCAACUUCAAUGAUUAUGCCAAUUUGAGUAACUCAUCUAAUCAUCAACAACACGUUUCACCACCUAUGCCAGUCCGUACAGCUUCCAAUGCUGAAGCAUUCAAACGACCUCCAAUGAACAAUCCACCACCACCUAAAGACGAUGGACAACAUGCUAAACUGGCUGCACUUUUGGCUGCUGGUGGAGGUGUUGAUACAUUUGGUAAUGAAGGUAGUAUGAGAGUACCAGUUGGUUCACCUUUUCAUCCUUCUAAUAGAGUGGCAGUUCAAAAGACAGGAGGUGCACCAAAUCCAUUUGGAAAUCAAUCGACUAAUCAACCAAAUAAUGGUCAACCAGAGAAUCCAUUUUUUACAAUUUAA